AUGUUCCAGCUGCCCAUCCUCAAUUUCAGCCCGCAGCAGGUGGCCGGGGUAUGCGAGACCCUGGAGGAAAGCGGGGACAUCGAGCGCCUGGGGCGCUUCCUCUGGUCCCUGCCCGUGGCCCCUGCGGCCUGCGAGGCGCUCAACAAGAACGAGUCGGUGCUGAGAGCCAGGGCCAUCGUGGCCUUCCAUACGGGGAACUACCGAGAGCUCUACCACAUCCUGGAGAAUCACAAGUUCACCAAGGAGUCCCACGCCAAACUGCAAGCCCUCUGGCUGGAAGCACACUACCAGGAGGCGGAGAAGCUGCGGGGCCGACCCCUGGGGCCGGUGGACAAGUACCGGGUGAGGAAGAAGUUCCCGCUGCCCCGCACCAUCUGGGACGGCGAGCAGAAGACACAUUGCUUCAAGGAGCGGACGAGGCAUUUGCUGCGGGAGUGGUACCUGCAGGACCCUUACCCCAACCCCAGCAAAAAGCGGGAACUGGCUCAGGCCACGGGACUAACACCCACGCAAGUGGGCAACUGGUUCAAAAACCGCAGGCAAAGAGACAGGGCAGCAGCCGCUAAGAACAGGCUACAGCAGCAGGUCCUAACGCAGGGCUCGGUGCGCUCGCUGCAAGCAGAGGAGGAGAGCGGCGGGGAGGCCGGGGGGGCCGCCUCCAGCCCCGCAGCCAGCCUUUCCAGCAAAGCGGCCACCUCCGCCAUCUCCAUCACAUCCAGCGACAGUGAAUGUGACAUCUGA